AUGGCUUCUUCUCAAAUCUUCUUCAUUCCUCUUCUUGUUUUAGUGCUCCCUUUGGCUUCUACUUUACCGGUUCAAAUCUCUCGUAUCUACCCCUUUUCUUGCUCUAACUUGAACAAGACCUGCAGCUCUAUACUAUACCAACACAAUGAACUCCAGGUUGAGAAGAUUGCCAAUCUCUACUCAGUAAAUAAAUCCCAAAUCAAGAAUAUAACAUACCACAACAACGUUAAUGAUGAGAGAGAGGAUGAGCUUGUGACAGUGCCUUGUACUUGCAAAGACGUUAAUGGCACCCAAGCUUACUUUUAUGAAACAGUUUACCAGCUAGAGUUAAAUGAAACCUUUGAAAGUGUUUCCACAGGGAAGUUUAGUGGGCAGGUUUGGAAGGUUGGGGGAGAAGAAAAUAGUUACAAGGCUGGAGAGAAUGUAACGUUGAGUCUACUGUGUGGAUGUGUGGAGAAGGAGUCUCAGAUUGUGGUGACAUACACUGUUCAGCCAAAGGAUACAUUGUCCAGUAUAAGUGCUCUACUCACAGCUCAAAUCGGUGAGAUAGAAAGCUUGAACCCUUAUCUAAAGGCUACUCCAAAUUUGAUAGAUGUUGGUUGGCUCAUUUAUGUUCCCCUUGAAUUAAAUGGCAUUCCUGAUGAAGCAAAUCCAGUGGGAAAAGUGAACAAAGCGCAUCAUAGAUGGACAAUAUUAGUUGUCAUACUAUCAGUUGUGACAGUACUUACAAUGUGUACCUUAGGGAUUAUCCUACUUGGGAGAAACAGAUGCAGGAGAAACAUAGAAGGGCAACAAGAACCUAAAUUAGCCACAUCUAAAGGCAUGAUAACCUCAUCAGCGUCUACUAAACAAUACUUUUACACAGACACAACAGGAGAUGCUGCAGUUUUUGAAUCAGAAAGACCUGUAGUCUACAGUCUUGAGGAGAUUGCAGCAGCUACUGCUGACUUUGAUGAGACUAGAAAAAUUGGAAGUGGUGGAUAUGGAUGUGUAUAUUCUGGGAUGCUGGGAAAACAGGAAGUGGCAAUAAAGAAGAUGAGAUCAAACAAGUCAAAGGAGUUCGUUGCAGAGCUAAAAGUUUUAUGCAAGAUACAUCAUAUAAAUGUGGUGGAGCUUUUGGGUUAUGCCACUGGAGAUGAUCAUCUUUGCCUGGUUUAUGAGUACAUUAUAAAUGGCUCUCUUAGUGAGCAUCUUCACGAUCCAUUGCUAAAAGGGCGGCAGCCUUUGUGUUGGACAGCUAGAGUACAGAUUGCAUUGGAUGCUGGUAGAGGUAUUGAGUAUAUCCAUGACCUUACAAAACACCAAUACGUGCACCGCGACAUAAAAACAAGUAACAUCUUGCUGGACCAAAGCCUAAGAGCAAAGGUUGCAGAUUUUGGUCUGGCAAGGCUUGUUGAUAGGACCAAUGAAGAUGAUGACGACUGGAUAGCAACACGCCUCGUUGGAACACCGGGAUAUCUUCCUCCUGAAUCAGUGAAAGAGCUACAGAUAACUACAAAAACAGAUGUUUUUGCUUUCGGGGUAGUUCUUGUGGAGCUUAUAACAGGCCGGCGUGCUCUCUACCGCGACAAUAAGGAUCCCAACAAGACAAAAUCACUCAUUUCACUUAUGCAAGAGACUUUCCAAGAUGAAGACCCAAAAUCUGCUUUGGAAUCAAUCACAGAUCUUACUCUAAAGGGAAGCUGCCCAAUAGAAGAUGUUUUCAAGAUGGCAGAAAUUGCAGAGUGGUGUCUAAACGAGGAAGCAGUGAACAGACCAGAGAUGAGAGAGGUGGUGGUAGCAUUGAGUCAAAUUAGAAUAUCAUCAAUUGAAUGGGAAGCUUCACUAGGAGGAGAUAGCCAAGUUUUCAGUGGAGUCCAUGAUGAAGGCAGAUGA